UGUGUGUGCCGUACUUCGCGAUUUUGAUUCGCCUUUGCUCCUCACCUGGCGAGUUGUCACUCUUUGUUUACCCGAAGAUAAAUACGGUUUGUUAUUUGUAAACAAAGUGCAAAUAAACACUUGACGAUGUCUUCCAAUGGUGGGAUUCAGAUACCCAGCCGUUUGCCUUUAUUACUAACUCAUGAAGGGGUUCUUUUGCCGGGCUCCACGGUGAGAAUUAGCAUCGACUCGGCGAGAAACAUGCAGCUGGUGAAGAGCAGGCUGCUGAAGGGGACCUCACUGAAAAGCACUAUUAUAGGAGUGAUUCCCAACACCAGAGACCCGGAGCACGACAGCGAGGAGCUCCCGUCUCUACACAGCAUUGGCACAGCAGGCUUAGCAGUCCAGGUAGUGGGCAGUAACUGGCCAAAGCCACACUACACGCUGCUCAUCACGGGUUUGUGCCGCUUCCGUGUGACGCAGCUGAUUAGGGAGAGACCUUUUCCUUUGGCUUUGGUGGAACAGCUGGACAAGCUGGAGCAGUACACCGAGGGACAGCAGCUGGAUGGAGGCCUGGGAGAACUUUCUCAAAAGUUCUACCAGGCUGCAGUACAGUUAGUGGGAAUGUUAGAUAUAUCAGUGCCCGUAGUAGCGAAGCUGAGGCGGCUGCUCGAUAGUCUGCCCAGAGAAACCCUGCCUGACGUGCUGGCUGCAAUGAUCCGCACCUCCAACACAGAGAAGCUCCAGGUGCUGAAUGCAGUAGAUCUGGAGGAGCGAUUUAAGAAGACUCUUCCACUGCUUACCAGACAGAUCGAGGGCCUCAAACUGCUGCAGAAGACUCGUAAACCCAAACCUGAUGAUGAAAAGAGGGUACUGGUUAUCCGCAAAGGCGGUGCGUUCCCUAGUCGUCAGUUCUCUCUUGAUGAGGAAGGUGAGGAUGAAGAGGGUGAUGACAUGGCUGUGUUGGAGAGGAAGGUGAAUGAGGCAGCAAUGCCUGAGUCAGCCCUACGUGUAUGUUUAAAAGAACUCAAACGUCUGAAGAAGAUGCCCCAGUCCAUGCCAGAGUACGCUCUCACCCGCAACUACCUGGAUCUCAUGGUGGAACUGCCAUGGAAUAAAAGCACCAAAGACUGCCUAGACAUUCGUGCUGCACGGGUGCUUCUGGACAAUGAUCACUAUGCUCUAGAAAAGCUGAAGAGGCGGGUGCUGGAGUAUCUUGCAGUGCGGCAGCUCAAGAGCUCUCUUAAAGGUCCUAUUCUUUGCUUCGUGGGGCCUCCGGGUGUGGGAAAAACUAGUGUUGGUCGCUCCAUUGCCAAAACCCUGGGCAGGGAGUUUCACCGUAUUGCCCUGGGAGGGGUGUGUGACCAGUCAGAUAUCCGUGGCCACAGGAGAACCUACGUGGGCAGCAUGCCUGGACGCAUCAUCAAUGGCCUGAAGACUGUCGGCGUUAACAAUCCUGUAUUUUUAUUGGAUGAAGUAGACAAAUUGGGCAAGAGCCUGCAGGGAGACCCCGCUGCUGCCCUGCUGGAGGUUCUGGACCCUGAACAAAACCACAGUUUUACUGACCACUACCUUAAUGUGGCCUUUGAUCUCUCACAAGUCCUCUUCAUCGCCACAGCAAACACCACAGCAACCAUCCCCCCUGCUCUGUUGGACAGAAUGGAGGUUCUGCAUGUGCCAGGAUACACACAGGAGGAGAAAGUGGAAAUCGCUCAUCGGCAUCUGAUCCCCCAUCAGCUCGAGCAGCAUGGCCUCACUCCUCAGCAGCUGCAGAUCCCUCAAGACACCACACAAGAAAUCAUCAGCAAGUACACACGGGAAGCUGGUGUGCGCUCUUUAGAGAGGAAGAUUGGAGCCAUCUGUCGAGCAGUGGCUGUGAAGGUGGCAGAAGGUCAUAAGAUGUCAAGAUCGGAGUUGUCCAGUGAAUCUGGAACAGUUCAGGAGCGAGCAGGGACAGGACGGGAUUCUGACUUGGCAGCUCCUCCAGAGAUGCCCAUCGUCAUUGACCACGUUGCUCUCAAAGACAUUCUGGGGCCACAGCUCUUUGAGAUGGAGGUGUCCGAGCGCCUGACUCUCCCUGGUGUGGCUAUAGGCCUGGCCUGGACUCCACUUGGAGGUGAGAUCAUGUUUGUGGAAGCUAGUCGCAUGGAGGGUGAAGGUCAGCUCACACUAACUGGCCAGUUGGGUGAUGUCAUGAAGGAGUCAGCACAUCUGGCCAUCAGCUGGCUCCGAAGCAAUGCCAAGAACUACCAGUUAACAAACAUUGCAGGCUCUGCUGACCCUCUUGAGGGCACUGACAUCCACUUACACUUCCCUGCCGGUGCAGUCACUAAAGAUGGCCCUUCUGCUGGAGUUACUAUUGUAACAUGUCUAGCCUCACUGUUCAGUGGGCGUCUGGUGCGCUCUGAUGUUGCCAUGACAGGAGAAAUCACACUGAGAGGCCUGGUACUGCCGGUGGGUGGCAUUAAGGAUAAAGUCCUGGCAGCUCACCGUGCUGGUCUCAAGCGUGUCAUCCUCCCCAAACGUAACGAAAAGGACCUAGAGGAGAUUCCAGCCCACAUCCGUGCCGAAUUGGACUUCGUCCCAGCUAGUACUUUAAACAAGGUUCUUAACGCUGCCUUUGACGGUGGUUUCCCUACUGCAGCUGUAACACAUCCACAAGUUAGCAGCAAGCUCUGAAACUGCCAACACUGUCUUCCUCUCUCUCACACACCACUUCAUGAUUCUUUGAAACUGAAGGCACUAGUGUGAAUAUCAGGUUCAGCUAAUGGAGUUCUGAAACUCUACUUAUUUCUACUUAAAAAACCCAGUUUUAUUAGAUAUAGUGUGUGAUGAUAAUAUCAUUUAUUUUAAUUCCACUCGCACAGAAAGCUUCACGUUUAGCGAUGCACCGAUUUCAGAAUUCUGAUUUGACACAAUGAAUUAUUUCAUGCUAUGAACAUCUGCACGUAAACACAAGAAACAGCGUGUCUUACAUGUACGUUGUUGUACGUUUGGAAACAGAAGCUCGGAGAGUCUUUUACUGUGAGGAUUGCUGCUGCAUCUACACUAAUUUUAUAUUUAAUAAUGGUGUUAAAUUAGUUUGUUACUAAUUAGAAAUCCUCUGCUACGUUUGAGGGAACAAGUCACUGAACCUGGUUAUAAUUUCUGAUCUGAAAUGUAAUGUCCAGUAGCUUGUUAUUGCAUCACUUUAUGUUUAAAAAGUGGAACAGUUGUGAAAACGGUGUAUUACAAUCUUUCUGAUUGAUUAUUAAAAAUAAUAAAGACUACUGUGAAUACUA